UGGUCGAGUAAGGUACAAUCAGUCACCGACCGGCACACGAUCAUCUUCAUUCGUCGCUUCCGCGUUCAGAUCAUCAUCCACAACAUCCUCAACAUGAAGUUCCUCAUCGUUGCUGCCCUGGCCCUGCUGGCGAUCGGUUCCACGCAGGCGGAUUACCCGGCGAAGGGUGGAUACGGUGGACACCACGGAGGACACGUGCCGUGCGGUGCCAACCUGCUGGUUGGCUGCGCUCCCCACGUCGCUCACGUUCCGUGCCAUCCCGUGCACGGUGGCCACCACGCACCCGCUCCGGCCUACCACCACGCUCCAGCUCCCGCUCACCACGCACCAGCUCCCGCUUACCACCAUCCGGCACCCGUUCACCACGCACCUGCUCCGGCCUACCACCAUGCUGCCCCAGCUCAUCACGCACCGGCCAAGUAUUAAGAGAAAGAGAGAGAAAGAGAGACCAGCGCGUGAAAAGCGGUGAGGGGUACCAGUUUUAAACGUUGAACGUUAAAAUGUGUGUGAAUGUGAGAGAGAUAGUGUUUUUUUUUCGGAACUGCGACUCGUUAGCCUAAGCUGCAAUAUGUUUUGAUUAGUAAAAGCCAAGAAUUUAAAUCAUAA